AUGGUAAACCAUGUUGCUUUCAUCACUGCCACAGAAGACUGCAAGACUCAAGAAGAGUUGGAUUCAGAUGAAAUUGCUGAACCAAAAUCCUCUAAAGACUAUCAAGGGUUAUUUAACCUAUGGACUCAAUUAAGCAAUGCGAAGAUCAAACAAGCUCAAGAAAAAGAAAAUCUCAUCUCUCUCAAGGAGAAACUGGAAUUGUGUGUUCCUCAACCCAUGCGUCCUGAGAAAGGGACAUGUCAUGUUUCGAAACAUACAAAAGAACACAGUGUCCGUUCAUUACACAAUGAACUCCGCAAGGAGAGAGAAGAUGCUAAUCUUGGUAAAGCAUGCCUAGCUGAGAAAUACAAAACUGCUAAGAUGUUGAGUAUCUGCGUGAGCUGGUUGGACAUCACUCAACCGAAAGAUAAUACCAAUGAUGAAACUAAACUCAAUGUCCCUGUUAGACCUGUGUUGAGCAAAUCUGUCACUCAACAGGGGAUAUCUACCCGUGAAACAUUUAAGGUCAAAUGGGAAAGAAAUCGAAUCAACAAAGGGGUGUUUAAAGGUUGUUUUCACUAUGGUAAAGUUGCACACAUGUGGGAACAAUGCUUCAAACGAAAGAAGAGAAUCCAACAGCUGUGGAAUCUCAAAAAAUGUUGGAUGAAACCUACGCAUGUUGGAUCUGUGUGGCUGCUUAAGAAGGAUCUCUAUCUUCAUCAACUCACAGAUUCAGACCAACACAUACUCGAGUAUCUGAAGUUAAACUCCGUAUAUAAUCAUGGAUGGGUUAGCAUUGAAGCGCAAGGGAAUAAGGAGUCUUUGGAAGCCAAUGUUGCCUACACGACAACCUCCUCCAGGGAUGACUUGAAUGAGACUGGGGUCAAUCAAGAAGAGAACAUUCAACUGGAUCCAAGAGAAGGUGAAACGGAUAUGAUUCCUUUAGGAAUGGCUAAAGUUGAUUUGAACCGGUUGGUUCGAUUUAAUCGUCGGUUUGACGGAAGGGUUAAGGGAACCCUAGGUUUCGACUAUAUAAGUCGUGCAGGCCGCCUUUGUGUCGUUUUUGGUCAGAAAAGCAUAGAGGAAAUAGAGGGUUGA